AUCUCCAAAAAGGAAACAGAAGCCAUGACUGAAAUUUCAAAGGUAUAUCGUAGCCUUACAACAGCUGAGGACAUGAGAAACCAAACUAAACUUCAAAUGCGGCCCUAUGCCAACUGGGAAGAAUAUCUAACACCGGCACCACUUUCAAUAGCCAUCCUGGGAGAGCUGGUUCACAUAUCAUCCUCAGACGAUUUCUCUCUAUAUAAAAGUACUCCCCCACCUACUAACCCACCUCCUACCCCACCUACUACCCCACCUCUCUACAAAUACAUUAAAUACCCUGAUUCCUUCCGUGCUUGCCUCAUGCAAGUGUGUAACUCUGGUUGGAGGGCAUUUAACGAGGCCCAUAAGAGCAUGGAUCAGAUUCGCCUUCACACAUACCAAGUUCCACAAUACAUGAAAAAUUCUGUCAAGAUUCUAUUCGAAGGCACUGAUGAAGUUGUCCAAGCGCUUCUUCCUGGUCAGCUGAAAAAUAUCAGUGACAUUGCAGAUGAAUGUGUGCAGUUGUCUGGAGAAACUGAAAAAAAAUUCACUUGUGUCAUCAACAUCAUCAGCGAGCUGCUAGAAGCCUGUUUUAGUGCAAAGAAGUGUUAUGGGGACGAGUGGAAAAAACUCAAGAUGGAACACGAUGAGGCAAAACUGAGAGAGCAGUCAAUUCGAGCAGCCAAUGACAGGACACAGAAGGCAAUAAUUGCGAUGGAGAAGGAACUGGAGCAGGCUCACCUCAACUACCAAAAAGCUAUGGAUUCUCUGCCAACAGGAUGGGAAAUGAUUGGUAUGGAUUUUGUGAGUGGGAUUACACAGAGCAUUACAUGCUUGGUUGAUGGAGUGACACAUGCUAUUAGUAACCGAGGUAGCAUGACGUGUUCUAAACCUGAUACUGUAAGCCAUGAUAAAGAUGUAGGAAGAGAUAUGAUUGAUGAAAUAAUGGCAUAUAGCAAGUCAUUAGAAAUAUUAUCUUAUGCUCAGAGAAUCCAGAAUGAAAUGGGUGUGAAAAGUGAAAAUGAUGAAAUUGAUUGGAAAAAUCUGUAUGAUCAGAAAGAAGCAGCCACAAAAAGUGAUAACAUAAAAAUACAGCUCAAAAGAAUCAGUGAUGAUUUAGAAAAAAACGGUGACUGCACAGCAAAGAAUCAAGCCCAGAAUUUAUGCAAGAAGGGAAUUGAAAUCUGCCAAAGUUUGGCAAAAUAUGCACCAGAUGGCAAAUGUGACGAAGUCAACAGCAAAAAAAUUAUAGUUGAUGUCUUGGAUCUUUAUAAUUCAGCAGUUCAGUUUGAUUGCAAAAGCAAAGACGCCACAAAUUCUCCAGCCAUUUCUGCAAAGCCACCAAUGAUGUCUAAAGAAGAAAACAAGUCUGGGAGAUUUUCACAGAUGGUGGUAGAAAAUGCACGACUUCAAAUAGAGCAGACCCGAGCUCAGAUGAACCAGACAAGAGAGAGCUAUGAGAAGUGUUACGAUAAACUAGAGAUUAACCAGAAAGAACUCGAUAAAGUCCUGAUCACAAUGAGAAAUUGUGAUUUGAAAACUAUCGACUUCAACACAACCAUAAAGAUGCUGGUCAAAGGAAUGGAGGCAAUGGGGAGAGUGCAGGUGCAGUGGCAGAAGAUGGUUCACUUCUUUCAGAUGGUUUCUAACCUAGUGAAAACCAGCAUGAGCACAACUCUCAAAAACUUUGUCACAACCGCUGGAGACACUCAAAAUCUCUCUUACAAUGCAAAGCUUUUCUCAAAAGAUAUGCUGUACACCCAAGCCUUCCAAGCCUGUAACAUUGCUAGCCUAGUCAACAUGAUCUCUGACACAUAUGUGGAUGUUUCCAACAAGUACCUCAUGGACCGUAUCAGCUCACUGGGCAAACUAAUGACCAUGGAUAUAAAGGACCAAGCAUUUAUGAGAGAGCUACAUGAGCUCAGAGAAGCCUGUGAUGAUGCACAGAAUGGCAUUAAAAACCUUGUGCUAAAAAACAAAGAAGAGUUUGACAAGAAUAGCAAUGCAAGAUUUGAAAAUAUUAACAGACAGCUGGGUCCCAUUUUGCCAGAUGCUCAUCCAGAGCAAAUCAAGAGCAUUACAGCUGCAGUUGAAUCUGGAUUCAGUAUAGCAGACGAAGAUCAAUACUGCUGAGUUAAGAAAAUACGAGAAAAGACAAAAGCAUCAUCCACUCAUGUCAUCCCUCUGUUUCUAAAAUGGUGAUCAAGAUUAAGUGUGGAAAUUGGAGAAGAUGUUUGAGUGUUUUCUUGUACUUAUUAUGUUUAAUUAUGGAUUUCUGUUAGGG